AUUCGAUCGACUAAAACAACACUCGUUCGCUAUUGCGGGCUCGCCGCACACGUGCUGAGAUUUUUGUGAUAUUUUUAUAAUUAUUUUACUUUACAGCGUUUCCUGAUCACCGUGAAGCGUCUCUGGACAAGGAGUAUUGUUUAUCAACAUUUCGUCUUCAUCACUCUUGAGUCGUAUUAGCGUGAAUGGCAAUGGUUUCGGAAGCGAAGGUGAAUGGCGGUGAGGCGGAGGCGCCGACGGAGCUGCCGCCCGCGCUGGCGGAGCGCCCCGCGGGGCUCCCGCCCGGCAAGUACGCGCUCGUGGGCUGGGACAUGGACACCACCGGCCGGCGGCUCAUUGAUGAGAUCUGCCAGAUCGCAGCGUACACGCCGAAGCAGACGUACUCGCAGUACAUAAUGCCGUACGGCGACCUGAACCCGGGAGCGCGGCGGCGCCACAACGUGCGCGUCGUCACCGUCGGCCGCUACCGAAUGCUUAAAGACACCAACACACACAAGAUUCUGAAGACGAAGUCGGAGGUGUCUGCGUUGUCAGAGUUCCUGGACUGGCUGGAGAAGGAGAAGGGCGACGGCAGUGUGAUCCUCAUCUACCACGAGCCGCGCCGCCUCUCGCCUACGAUGCUGCUCGAGGCUCUCACAAGGUACAAGUUGCUCGAGCGAUUCAAGUCCAUAGUAGCUGGGUUUACGGAUAGCUACGCUCUCGCGGCGGACAAAUGCAAGGCGACCGUGAAAUCUGUGUCUCUACGCGUGCUGGCUCGAGUUCUGCUGGACGCGGACUCGCUGGCCGUGGACAGCGCGCUGGAUAGAGCCACCGCCGCCUACCGCAUCGUCGAACAUCUUGCGCAAGGUGAGCAGCAAGAAGUAGGCGCGGGCGGCGAAGGCGCAGCAGCUAGUAAGGAUAUGGUGGAGACGGCGCGGCAGUGGGCGCGGCCCGUGCACACCGAGCUCGACGCCCUCGCCACGCUCAAGAAGCUGCUCGAGAGACAGAACACGUUCCGGCCAGUGUUCGCGCCGCUGCUGCGCUCGGCUCGCGCGGAGCGCAAGCGCGUCACGGCGCUGCGCCGCCUGCUGGCCGACGCCGGCCUGCUCUACGACCAGCUCAAGGACGCCUGGCAGGAACACAAGCUCGAAGGUCUAGAGAAACAGAUGGCGGCGCUGUCUGUGAACGCGAAAGAGGAGGACAUCAAGGAGCUGAUCGAGAUCUUCGACUGCCACUUCGACCCCGCCAAGGAGCCCAAGGGGCCCAAGCCCAGAGUACCCAAAAAUAGAAAUAAGGCGACGUCGUCAGCGGGCGAGACGGGCGAGGCGGACGGCAGCACGAGCGACUCGCAGAACUCCUCGCCACACAACUCGCCCAACAAGACCAAUAACGAGGUAGCAGAGGACCCUAGUCAAACGGCAGUGCCGGAAGCGGUGGCCGCCAACUAACGACUCGCUUCACUUAGACUUUCUACACAUCUAUACUUAGCCUCUAUACGGAGUCAUACGAUGUGACAAACAUUUAUUCGUAUUAUACACUAGGUUAAGUCUCCUUUGGAAUUGAACGAAAUUUGUUUCACGGUGAACGAGUUAACACAUUAUUUUUUUCCUUUUUUAUUUUACAUACGCCCAGAUGUUAUUUCUUUUGCUUUACGCAUAAAAGUUUUUCUAUAUACAUAGAUGAUAAUUGUAGAUGAGUGCCUUAGCAACUCAAUGUAUUAAGAUGUAACUGUUUAUAAGUCAAUAUGUUGUCGACAACCGUGAGGUUUCGCUGUGCAAUGUCAUGCUAACUAAUCACAAGAUGUUAGGCUGUUUUAUACGAAAGUUGCGAUUAUGUUAGCAGAGAGGAUAUAAUGGAAAAGUGCAGAGUUUUGUACUAUUUUUAAUAUCACAGUUUUAAUAUGGCUUAAAAGAAGCAAUAUUUAUUGUUUUAAGUUUACAAACGGGGCUUUGAACAAUGAUGUAGAAGUACAAUUUGUCGUACUCGUUUAUUUAUUCAAAGUUGCUUUUUAUUUAUUUUUGAAAUGUGUGCAAUCACAUGGGAACGGAUGGACUGAUUUUUACAUCCGAUAGUUUAUUUAUUUGUUUUUAUCUGGACUUGCCUCGCAAGUUAUCUGGUGGAUAUCGCAUUUGCUAUAAUACUAACGGCCGGCUACCGCCGCCAACAUUAUUGCCAUAGAAAUCUUUCCCUUUUAAUUUUACCAUACAGUAAGCUACGUAAUGAAACAGUGUGUACCUAUUAACUUACCUCUAAUUUAGUUAGUUUUAACAUAGACUGUACAUAUAAUUUAAUUUCUUAUUUUGUUCAGAUCUCUAAUAAAUAUGUAAGUCUACAUA